CGGGGCGCCGUGACGUCAUCGUCCGGCGCCUCGAGGGUCGGAGCCGGAAGCGCCGUGGCCGCUGUCGCGGAGCCGCACGCGAGGCCUACGGGAGCGGAGCCUGGGGAGCGUCGCGGGUCCCAGGCAGACAGCAACAUCAUGAGCUUCGUGGCCUAUGAGGAGCUGAUCAAAGAGGGUGACACGGCCAUCCUGUCACUGGGCCAUGGUGCAAUGGUGGCGGUGCGCGUACAGCACGGGGCACAGACCCAGACCCGGCAUGGCGUCCUGCGACACUCAGUAGACCUCAUCGGUCGCCCCUUUGGCUCCAAGGUGACCUGCGGCAGAGGUGGCUGGGUGUAUGUGCUACACCCCACGCCUGAGCUCUGGACACUAAACCUGCCGCACCGCACCCAGAUCCUCUACUCCACUGACAUUGCCCUGCUCACCAUGAUGCUGGAGCUUCGGCCUGGCUCUGUGGUAUGUGAAUCAGGUACCGGCAGUGGCUCUGUGUCCCAUGCCAUCAUCCGCACCGUUGCGCCCACAGGCCACCUGCACACGGUGGAGUUCCACCAGCAGCGGGCGGAGAAGGCCCGGGAAGAGUUCCAGGAGCACCGCGUGGGCCGCUGGGUGACUGUGCGCAACCAGGACGUGUGCCGCAGCGGCUUCGGCGUGCGCCACGUGGCAGAUGCUGUCUUCCUGGAUAUCCCGUCUCCUUGGGAGGCUGUGGGUCAUGCCUGGGAUGCCCUCAAAGUCGAAGGUGGGCGCUUCUGCUCCUUCUCGCCAUGCAUCGAGCAGGUACAGCGCACAUGCCAGGCCCUGGCCUUGCGUGGCUUCUCCGAGCUGAGCACCCUGGAGGCGCUGCCGCAGGUCUACAACGUGCGCACCGUCAGCCUGCCUGCGCCUGACCUGGGAGGCAGCCCAAGCCCUGAGGCCUGCCCCUUCCGCAGUGGCACGCCCAUGAAGGAGGCCGUGGGCCACACUGGCUACCUGACCUUUGCCACCAAGACCCCUGGCUAGUAGGCUCCCCCCCACCCCACCCCCGCCAGGAGCUCCAGGGAGUGGGAGCCCCAGGGCCCAGGCCAGGAGGCGUAGCUCAGCCAGAGGUCUCCUUAUAUGGCCAGCGGAUGCCUGCCAGGGCUGUGUUUACAAAUGAGUGGUGGGGCGGGGCUUGGGGACCUCCUGGGUGGCCAGAGGGGGGGACAGCCCAGACGGAGGAGCCUCAGCACGGCCUGCCAGCCCCAGCUGUCUGGUCCUCUGGGGAGUGAGGCCUCCCUCCUGAGGCCCUGCCAUGCUCACACCCGGCCCUGCUGCUGUUUGCUGCCACUCAGCCCCCUGCCAUAGGCCCUUCUGGGCAUUGAGGUGAGAGGUGCUGCUGGCGGGGCUCAGGUCUGACCCCUUCCCAAGCAGCGAGUAGACAGUGGGGUGGGGAGCAAAGACAGAGGAGGAACGAACAGUCUUGGACCCCACGGCCUCCCUGCCCACAUGGUCCAUGGGCCACCUCGGCCCUCCCUAGGCCAGCACCUGGCCUGCCCCAACCCCUCCGUCCUCCCCAGUGCUGAUGAGGCCAGGCAAGCACAGCAGCUAGUUAAGGCCGCCCUGCUGUGUGGCCUCGGCUCUGACCCCCACCCCAGCUGGACCACUCAGGCCGUGUGGGAGCGCCCACAUCCGCCCUCCUGUUGAAGGAACAGGGAGGGCCAGCUCUGUCCCCUGCCUCACUGCUCCUGUCCCUACAAAGUGCCUGUGAGCCCCAGCAGUCAGGCCCCAGGACGCCAGUGAGCGAGCACACCCAGCACCCCCGGGAGAAGGGCCCGGGGAGGACGAUGGAGCGCUUUGGGUGACCCAGCCAGUCCGUCCUGGCUGUUUGACCCCCAGCUGUCUGACCACAGAGCUACUUGGGUGGCCCUACCUCUCAAGAGAGCCCCAGGGUCAUGGGGGUGUGUCCAAGACAGAGGGCAAGACACGUGUCACCCUCCAAGCCUGGUCUCCAGCUCGGUGUGACUGGCACCCUGCCUGCAACAGGUGCAUGGAGGGCCUGAGCAUCUGCCCCGAGCCUCGGCCAGCCACCAGGAGCCUCAGUUUCCCAUGUCUGCCUGAGAGCCCCCGGGGUACUGCGCUGGUGGGCAGGAGGGCUGGCCUCCAGCCAUGCCUGGUAGAGAAAUAAAUGCUGCUGCCCCUGC